AUGACCUACAUUCAGGAGAAUGAGAUCGAGCAUACAGUCUUGUGGACAUUUGGAAAGAAACGAUUCGAGCAUGAAAUCCCGUUAGCUUGGCUGCAGUUCGAGGCUAGGAAGAUAAGGCGCUUGGCCUUCGCGAUCCCACAUCCCGAAGCUUUCUCGAGGAAUCGCGCGUCUGUCCUAACGGACAUUCAAAGGCAGUUUGCAUUCCGUGAGCGGAUAUUUGACUACUGCCUAGUCCAGCUUUUCGGUAAACUCUACCUGCCUUACUUCCUCUCAACAACCGGCAUUCUUAAGAUGUCGGCUUUCCGGAAUUUCGACGCAAAGAAGAACAACACCCUUAGCGAUCAUUUCAAGCGGCCUCCACUGGACAUGGCCUCCUUAGACAAAACCUUAGAGAGGACAUCAGGAAUUGAUGAGACGCAACGAAAGGCCAUCAUGAAAGUCAGGGCAGCUAAUAAUGUAAAGCCAUCAGAUGCCCUGACGUACUACAAAAGGGACGACGUUAAGCGCAAACUUGCUGGCUACAUCAUCACCUAA